AUGGAGCAGCAGCAGCAGCAGCAGCAGCAGCAGGAGACACCUUCCUCGCUGCAGCAGCAGCAACAGCAGCCGCAGCAGCAGCAGCAGCAGCAGCCGCAGCAGCAGCAGCAGCAGCAGCCACAAGAAGAGGAUGCUUCGGUUGAACUCCCACCGUCAGAACAAAGCGCUGCAGCAGCAUCACCGCAGGAGACCCCCGCAGCAGCAGCAGCAACAGCAGCAGCUGCUGCUGCAACAGCAGCAACAACAGAAACAGAAACCGCAGCUGCAACUGCGCCUACAGAACCAGCUGCGGCAACAGAAGCAAGUGCAGCAGCAGCAGCAGCAUCGGCAGCAACAGCAGCAACACCACCAGAAGCAGUAACCGAUACAACGCCAGCAUCAGCAGCAGCAGAAGCACCAACAGCAACAACAGAAGCAGCAGCAGCAGCAGCAGAACCAACAGCACCCGCAGCAGCAACAACAGCAGCAGCAGCACAGGCAGAACCAACAGCAGCACAGGCAGAACCAACAGCAGCACCAGCAGCAACAGCAGCAGCAACAGCACCGGGAGGACCAGAAGCAGCAGCAACAGCAGCAACAGCAGCACCAGAUUUGCUGCUGGAAGCAAAAAGCCUGCCCCCUACAAUCGAAGAGCAAGUGGACAGCCUCUUAGAUUCUCUUUGUGAGAAGGGUUCCUUGAGCGUCAAUCAGUGA